UAUAUAUAUUGUCAUUCCGAUCCACGCUACAGUCCUGACCACCGAGAACCAUGCCCACUCAUCAGUCAAAGUGAAAUGGUGCUGCUUCAGCUCGUCUCCUCUGUCCGCUCAGCGAUUGGUCCAGAGCUGAUAGCACCACAGAGCUUAACAUCAGCCUCCUUACGAAGUGCUUAUAACCGCUCCUUACAGAGAGACAGUCGCUGAGCGCCGGUGUUGUUGCUAAUGGAGCACAUCUGUUGCGUUUGUUUUCCUCGUGGACAGAUUUCUGUGAGGAGAAGCGAGGCUGAUGAAGGUCGAUAUCAAGGAUGCAAUUUUUCUGCCCAUUGACCUGGCUUUUUUUUCCAUCUCAUCCCACCCAACAUGGAUAAACCCUUGAAGAGUCUUUGCAAUACAGCCUCUAAAGCACCGCCAUUUAGUUCUGUGGAUGCAUGAGUUGUGCAGCAGAGGAGAUAAAUACCUGGAGAAGAUAAAUCAGAGAUGAACCCAACUGAGGAUUGACCAUAUUUCUGCCCAGUCAAAUUUACAAUGCUUUUGUCUCAGGGCUCCUAAACAUAAAAACUAUCUCUUUCCGCUCAUCGACCUUCACAGGACACAGUACCCCUCAAAGGGCUGAUGCCAGUCUUACUAAAUGCCGACGGCUCUUUCAGCUCCAGGCAGGAGCUCCUGGACCUGCAGGACUGUCCCUUCAAUGGGGGUCCUUCUUUGGACACCCCUAGUCCCGUGGAUUCUCAGACAGGAAGCCCUAUAGGGUCUGGUCCUAGAAGCCCUGGCGGACCAGGACCUGAUGGCCUCAACGGAGCCCUUAUUUUUACAAGGGCAUCAACGCUGCCAGGGCAGUUAUAUGGAGAGGGCAAUCAGCCUGAUACAGAGGUUCCUUUGGAGUUAACGCCAAAGUCCAGUAACUCUGAUCAACUAUGCGGUUGGGGUGCUCUAAAGCCUAAAGUCAUCCAAGUGUUCAACACCCCUCGCUGGGUGCUGUUUUUCCUUUGUGUGGCCUCUUUUCUCCAGGGAAUGAUAGUCAAUGGCUUUAUUAACACUGUGGUCACCUCCAUCGAGCGGCGCUUUGACCUACCCAGCUACCAGGCCGGUCUGAUUGCCAGCUCCUACGACAUUGCUGCCUGCAUUUGUCUGGCCUUCGUGAGCUACUUUGGUGGUACUGGGCACAAGCCCCGCUGGCUGGGAUGGGGGGUAUUCAUCAUGGCGCUAGGUUCUGUUGUGUUCGCCUUGCCUCAUUUCACCGCUCCUCCCUACUUGGUCAGUUUGCAGGAGCAAAUAGGAAUGUGUUCUGCCAACAGUACCAGCCUGUGCCAGAACAAAGAGGGAGGAGGACUUUCAAGUUAUCGCUUUGUGUUCAUGCUGGGCCAGUUUCUGCACGGUAUUGGGGCCACGCCUCUGUACACGUUAGGGGUCACAUACCUGGAUGAGAAUGUCAGCUCCAACUAUGGACCUGUUUACAUAGGGAUCUUCUACACAGCAGCUGUUGUGGGGCCUGCUGCAGGCUACCUGCUGGGAGGUUACUUCCUCAACAUCUACACAGAGACUCAUCUGACAACAGAGAUGACUCCAGAACACCCUCACUGGGUUGGGGCUUGGUGGAUUGGCUUCCUAGCAGGAGGAGCAGCAGCUUUACUGGUAGCUUUCCCCAUCCUGGGCUACCCACAAAAGCUGCCAGGCUCACAGGAGCAUGUGCCCAGGCGAGUCUCUGAGGCCCACCAGCUGAAGGAUGGAAGCCACACUACAGCCUCAGACCCUCAGUUUGGAAAAUCGGUUAAAGACAUGCCAAGAUCAGUGCUGCUUCUCCUAAAGAACCCGACUUUCCUCUUCUUGUGCUUGGCGGGAGCCACUGAGGCCACGCUCAUUGCAGGCAUGUCCACCUUCGGUCCAAAGUUCUUGGAGUCCCAGUUUAGUCUCAGUGCAUCUGAAGCUGCCACCAUGUUUGGAUUCAUGGUGGUACCAGCAGGAGGCGGUGGUACUUUAUUGGGAAGCUACAUCGUGAAGAGGUUGAACUUGCGCUGUCGAGGCAUCAUACGCUUUUGCAUGAUGUGUGCGUUGGUCAGUCUCCUCGCCAUCUUCAUCUUCCUCGUCCACUGUCCCAAUGUGCCCAUGGCUGGUGUGACGGCCCCUUAUCAGUCUGGGCUGAUGGGGAAGCACCAACUGGACCAGUACAAACACCUAUAUGACAAACCCAGCAAAUCACGACUCAGAAACAGCUCUUCCACGGAACUGAACCUUACAGUGAGUUGUAAUGCAGCUUGUAACUGUGCCAGAGAAGUGUACAACCCAGUGUGUGGGGCAGACGGGGUGAUGUAUUACUCCCCCUGCCACGCCGGCUGCACCUCCAUCAACCACACAGAACCUUCCACAGGCAAACAGGUGUACUCUGGAUGUGGCUGUGUGGUGGGGAACGUAUCCUGGGUUGAGGAGGGCUCUGCUCUGACAGGGAAGUGCAGCAGCUCCUGCCACCACAUGCCAGUCUUCCUCUCCUUGUUCUUCGUCACCAUCUGUUUCACCUUCCUCUCUAGCAUCCCAGCUGUCACUGCCACUCUCAGGUGUGUACCAGACAGUCAGAGAUCCUUUGGACUUGGCAUCCAGUGGAUAGUAGUGCGCGCACUUGGCAGUGUACCAGGACCAAUAGCAUUUGGGUCAGUGAUUGAUAUUUCCUGCAUAUUGUGGCAAGACCAGUGUGGUGAUCAAGGAUCCUGCUACAUCUAUCACAACUCAGCUAUGAGUCAGUACACACUUGCCGCUGGAAUCAUCUUCAAGCUUUUGGGGACCAUCUUUUUCCUGGUAGCCAGCGUCCUGUACCAGCCGCCUCCUGAGUCUCCCCAAAGCAGCUGCGAGACCACAGACCAGGGAACAGAACACAUGAGCGACCUGCCAAUCAAAGAUCUGCCAGAUGAUGGCGUCAUUGUAAACGUGCAUGCCAGGUUAUGACAUCAUACACCCCCCAACCCAAAAAGUCUUUGUUUUUGUAUUUAUAAGAAAUACCUAGAAUGCCUUCAUGGACAAAUGCACAUAAACACACACACACACACACACAAGUGUGUGUAGCACUUCUAACAUGCUGCUCCCUUAGAAUGAAAUUCUGCUUUGACUGCAUGUGUUUCGGGUGUGUGUGUUUGAUUGACUCAGCAUAGCCUCACAAAGUUAUUUCUCCUAACUUUUCAUGUCUAAAGUUGACUCAAGUUUGAUCAGUUAAAUUACUAAGUCUGGGUGCGGUGAUAUGAGUUUCAUCUCGUGGAUAUUUCCUGCUUGAAUCCAUCUUUCAAAAGCCAACAAGAAUCUUGACAGACACAUUUUAUAGUUAUUGUAUGAAGUCCUAAAGAUGUGAAAAAGAAUAUCUUAUACUUAUGUUGUUUUCCAAAGACUGACAGGUAGAUACAGUCCGUUCUUCUCUAAGAACAGAUGAAGCCAUGUUUCAAUAAGCCGUAUAAAAUCUCAAGGCCAGUGGAAAUGUAGUCACAUUUUCUUCAUAUCACGUCCUUUUAAAAGCAGGGUAUGUAAAGACCCUAAUAUGAGAUGUUCAGACAUUACCAGGUUUUGAAGACGUUAAUGUAAAAUUCAUAUUGCUACAAUUUUUCCAGUUAGCUUACACCAAAUGUCCAUUUUUAAAAGCUGCUAGACAGUUUCUUUUCUAAAAGAUCGUUAUCCUGCUGUGUCUAAUCUUGGAAAUGUCUCUGAAAACUGUGCACAUCUGGAUUUUGACAACUGAUUCCAGUCUUUCUGGCAGGUUACACCAAACUCUGAUGGAGUUGGUCUGUAACCUUCCAUUCUUAAGUCUUUUGACAGUUGUUCUAUUGAGUUUAACAAUGAACUUGUAAUGGACUCUUACUACUCAGGGGUAUUCUUGGACAUGCCUUGUCUCCAGCUUUGUCUUGAGUGCUACACUGUAAUGUCUCUUGUCCCCUUGUAAGUAUUCAUAAGCUGAAGUAGUUUAUCUUUAAGAACCUUUGCAAAUGUUCAUGAUAAUUCUACCCUCUGGUAUGAACUCAAUGUCAAAAAGGAACCCCAGAGCAAUCUUCUGCCACCACCAUGCUUCAUUGUUGAGAUGGUAUUAACAUUAGAUAUUUGUUGGAUAUCAAAAGGGACUGAUAUUGGGACAAGUCAAGGGUCUCAGCAUUCCACGUUCUUAGGGUAUCUUCAAAGAGAUUACAACAUUUCUAAGAUGUGAAAAUUCAGCCAGAUCUUGCAUGGUCUCUCUUAGCAAGAUCUUCUGGAGGUAACACAGUGGGCUCCCUAUUACACAGGUUUCUGAACGUUUUGAGGAUGCCUGAAACAUAUGAAUUAAUAGGACCUGGGUGUUGGAGCACAGUUGUGGCAGCACUACCAUGUUAGUUUCAUAUUAAGGCUCCAACGUCAUUUUAGGGGUAGUGCUGUGUCAGCAUCAUCUUGUAGCACAUAGGUGAAUGUUGACUAUGUAUAUAUAUAAAUAUAUAUAUUCGUGGGAAGGAUCUGACGAUAUUAAUCACACAGGAGUGGUCCUGGAGGGUGUCUCUCAGACAUGGAAAAUAACUGUGACUGUAGGACAUUUUUCAAAUUUGCUUUGAUUCAGCUACAUUCUAACGGGCUGUGUAGGUCUUGGAGAGCAUAACUGGGUCUUCAUCUAGUGUGAAGGUGUCUUGAAGCGUCCAAACAGGCUGCCAUGUGCCUUUUUAUCCAGUGUGGCUUCAGUAGAACAUUUCUUCCAAUCAGUCUUGUAAAAGAAAUUCAGCUGGUGUAUUUUGGGUUUUUCUUUCUCACUCUUUACACUUGCACCUUUAGAAAUAUUUUCCUUAUAUUAUUAUGGAAUUAAAAUUAUCUGGUAGUUUUUUAAUUUGAUGGAUUGUUUUUUAUCCUGAUAUGCUGUAGUGGUUUUGAAACCAUUCCUGCAUGCCAGGUUUCAAGGUUCUUUGCUUUUGUUGAUCUGAAAAAUUUGCCGAUGAAGUCUGAAUGCUUUCAACAGCAAACAUAUGUGUUAAUUUGCACAUCAAUUAUCAUCAUAGAUGAGUAGCACAAAUGCACGUUCAUCUUGAGAAGCACAUGAAUAUUUAUGAAAGCAACUGGGCAACAUGCACAAGAAAUUUUGGAUUCACAACUAGUGAUAUUUGGAAGGGUAAAAGUUAAAAUGUGUCUCAUAUACACAAAUAAAAAGGACUGACGAAUAAUGCCUGGUUCACACUUCAUGAUUUUUAUGCCAAUAUUUGCCCUAAUUUUCCCCUUCCGACAUGCCCCGAUCAUUGGGGUGGUGCUUAAAAUAAUCUUAAGAGAUAAUCCUGUCAUGUGUGGUGUAUUAAGAGUGGUCUAGUCUGCUCAGAAGGAUGUUGCGAUCGCUCCGACUUAAAAUCGGAGAUAUUCAAGAUGUUGGAUUGUGUUGGCCCGAUAUCCUACCGUAUAGGGUGUUCCCCGAGGACAACGAGCACGCAGCCUGUUGAAUGUAAAGUGUAGCCACACAGAAAGCGACCUGACAAAAACACGGAAGGGAAUUACACUAAACUGACAUUUGAUCUCGAGAGGUUUUGCAAGAUUCUGUCUGACAUCUGAAUGUUCGUGAGUGAAAUCUGUUCAUGUGUGCUGUGUUGUGCUCGCCGUGUGGCUGUACACCACACACUGUAGGAGUGAACCUGUUAUACUUACGAUUUUUUUAUCGUCACGUGUGGGGUCUCUCAGGUUUUAAAAAUCAGCUGACAAUUUGAAAAUCCUGCCGUGUGAACCGGCCAUUAGUUGCCCUAUUUACCAGCUGACAGUUCUAUUUGGUCUAAUGACACUUUAAAACGAUCAUACAAGUGUGUGUUGACAAAAAAACAUUUAACAUAAACAAUAAAAAAAUACAGAAUGUUAACCAAAGUUUACCAGAAAUGUAAGAAUUAAUCUGUGACAUCAAAUCAACAUUUUUCUGCAAAAAGUAAUAACCAACCACAGUGAUAAAAUAUGUGAUGUAGCUUUACAACAUCCAUAAUAAGGCUCAAUGGAAUUACCUAAAUGGGGAUUUACUUAUGGUUCAUUCUUCAGCUUGCCAAUGUCUGGAAUUGCCCAUGGCCUGAUUAUUCUUGCAUAAUUCAAUGACUUUAAACACACUAUAUGUGUUUAUGUGAAGUGGGCUGUUUUUAGCAGUAAAUGUCUGUGUGAUAAAUUCAGUCUGACAGUGUUCCACUAGAUGUCACCAAAUACUCUAACAUUUCUUCAAGGCUCUGAAAACAAUGGCAGAUGAAUGUCUGGGCUUAAAAGAAGAAACAAAAAUAUAAUAAAAAUAUGAACAUGCUGAUCAAUAUAAUUUAAAAUAAAAUAAAAUAAUGCAUAUUUUUAAAAAAGUUUAUAUUUUUCAUUGUUACCAUUGAUGGACUUUAGCUAAAUUAAAAUUAUUUAGACAUACAAACUUAAAAAUAAUGGGUAUCAUUAACAUAUUAUUUUUUCCCCAGUGAGUGCACCAUUAGUCUAGCCUUAGCUUCUGUGGCAAGACAAACGUUUUUUGGCAACAAAGUAAAUAUAAAUACAAAUGGUUCUGAACCCAAAUUAGUAAAAAUCCUGAUCUUUAUGACUUGUUAAUUGAAUGAGUUUAGCCAAACAUAACACAAUAUCUGGUAGUAAAUCAUCGUCACUAUAAUUCAAACUCCAACCCCAACAUUCCGCAUGGUGAAGCUGCUAACAGUGAAUCUAAAAGUUAUCUUCAGCAAAAUGCUGUGCCAGCAUGAAACAUUUGCACUUAUGUACCUAACCCCACUGAGUAGAACAAAAUGAACGAUGUGAUUUUGCUUCAGUGUUUGGCUGUUGAGUUAUUUAGUAUGACAGAGCCUUGCUCAUGAAAAACUCAACCGGACUCACCGAUUGCUGUUCAUUUAUAGGUUAAGUGAAAUCAAAGUCAAUUUGAAUACUAAAUACCCAAAGGAAGACAGGUAGACACAUGAAAGUCCACUGUAACUUCAAAUAAUGCCAAAAUUUCCAUUCUUAGUCUUAAUCUCAAAAGGGAAAAUGUGCACUGCAUCUUAUAUGAAUAAUGUGUUAGACCUAAAAAAGACAAGGCACAUAGGUAAGACAUACAGUAUAUACAUUCUACAUUGAAUUGACAUUUGUAUCUAAUUAUUUCAGUACUGUAAUACUCCAAAUGUGCCAAAGCAGCUUUGGAAAUUAACUCUUGUGCUUUAUUUUUUAUUAACAUAUUUAUGCAAAUAAUGUAUUUAUUUAAUUGGUGGUGUAAUUUAGAAAGUAAGGAUACUCUUUGCUUGUUUGUCCAUAAGGAGUACCCAACUAUCAUUCCUUUAUUUCAUUGUGAUUGGAAAUGCCACCGACAGUAAUUCCCUGUAUUGUUAUUGAUGUUGUGCUCGAUCUUCAUGUUAUGAGUGACCUUAACACCCUGCAACUGAUGGGGAAAAAGUUUUUCCGUAUAUAUCUGUAAAUCCUUCUACAUGUGCUUUUCUGUCUCUGAGCUCAUAAAAUUAAAUGUAUAAACCAUU